UGGGAGUGACAGGACGCUAUCUCUCCUGCAGAGGGCUGUUUAUAGCUAGCUAAACACCCUCUGCUAGAAUUAGCACCUAAUCUCUACAGAAACAUUAACAUAACGAAAAUCACUUUCUAAAUAAAAUGGAGAUAACCAUGGAUCCCCUUUUUCUUGCAUGGAGUUAUUUUAGGAGACGUAAAUUCCAACGCUGUUCGGACAUCUGCACUAAAAUACUUAAGGACAGCCCAUACGAUCAGGAUGCUGAUACUGCGUCCUUUCUUUCUGAGGCAGCCUGGAGCCUGAAGACCCGCGCGCUCACAGAGAUGGUGUACGUCGACGAGGUGGAGGUGGACCAGGAGGGCAUCGCUGAGAUGCUGGAUGAGAGCUCCAUCGCCCAGGUCGCUCGCCCCGGGACCUCCCUGAGAGUGCCAGGGACAAGCCAGGGAGGUGGACCGUCCCCUGCUGUCAGACCCAUGACCCAGUCCGGACGUCCCAUCACGGGAUUCGUGCGCCCCACCACGCAGUCUGGUCGACCGGGGACCAUGGAGCAGGCCAUCAGAACCCCCCGCACCUCCCAGACAGCCCGGCCGGUCACAGGCGCCACCGGGCGCUUCAUCCGCCUGGGAACGGCGUCCAUGCUGACCAAUCCGGAUGGGCCAUUUAUAAACCUGUCCAGACUGAAUUUGGCAAAGUACGCCAAGGCGCCCAAUUUAUCUAAGACCUUGUUUGAGUAUAUCUUCCAUCACGAGAAUGACAUUAAAACCUCUUUAGAUCUAGCUGCUCUGGCUACUGAGCAUGCUCAGUUUAAGGACUGGUGGUGGAAGGUCCAACUGGGAAAAUGUUACUACAGACUGGGUUUACACCGUGAAGCAGAAAAGCAAUUUAGGUCCGCCCUGGCAAACCAGGAAGUAGUUGAUACUUACCUCUACCUGGCCAAGGUCUACCAGCGUCUGGACCAGCCCAUAACUGCUCUGACGCUCUUCAAACAAGGUCUGGACCACUUUCCUGGGGAGGUCACUCUUCUGACGGGCAUCGCUCGCAUCCAUGAGGAGAUGAAUAACAUGACCUCAGCCACAGAGUACUACAAGGAGGUCCUGAAACAGGACAACACACACAUGGAGGCCAUCGCCUGCAUCGGCAGCAAUCACUUCUACACGGACCAGCCUGAGAUCGCCAUGCGCUUUUACAGGCGCCUCCUGCAGGUGGGGGUGUAUAACUGCCAGUUGUACAACAACCUGGGCCUCUGCUGCUUCUACGCCCAGCAGUACGACAUGGCGCUGCCCUGCUUCGAGAGGGCGCUCUCUCUAGUGGCCGAUGACGACGAGCUGGCUGACGUCUGGUACAACCUGAGCCACGUGGCCUUGGGAAUUGGAGACUUGGCGUUAGCGUACCAGUGCUGCAAAUUAGCUUUGGCCAGCAAUAACAACCACGCUGAGGCCUACAACAACCUGGCGGUCCUGGAGUUUCGGAAGGGGCGCACUGAGCAGGCUAAAGCUUUCCUGCAAACCGCUUCUUCACUGGCUCCUCAUAUGUACGAGCCCCACUUUAACCUCUCCACUCUGUCGGACAAGAUGGGAGACCUUCAGAGCAGCUACUUGGCAGCCCAGAAGUCCGAGGACGCCUUCCCAGAACAUAUGGACACUCAGAAGAUUUUGAAAAGCCUGAGGCAGCAUUUUGCUGAACUGUGAAGACAUGGGCUUCUCAAAACAGCCCAGUCAGAGGGCUGAUCGGACAUCCCCAAUACAUUGUGGUCUACAGACAUUUCAGUCUAGGAACAGCCUGUUACAAACCAAAGAAGACCAGUGAACCUCCAGAAAGCCAGUUUAUGUAUGGCUGUUGUCAUGGAUAAAAAUGCAUCCGCUGAUUGGCCGGAUGAUGCAAUAACAUAUCAAGUGGUCAUGUGACAUCACAGAAAGCUGAACUGCCUGACCUUUAGCUGGGUGAACUUAUCAAUAUGUCAGAUAAAAUUACAGGUCCUGUUAAGGUAUCAACUUGCAGUAGAAAAGUCUUAUUUUAGAGGGCAGCAUCUAAGUUGGAAAUCAUUGUGGCAAAUGUAAAAAGAAUGUAAAAAUGUCAAUUAUCCUUUGUUAAAUGUAGAUUUCAAAUUUAUUUAUUGAUAUAUUUAUGAUACUAGGUGAAUGUUAAUUGCUAUCCUGUCUUUUUCUAGUAUAAAACAAUGUAUUUUUUAAUAUUUUCAUUCAUUGUCCUCAUCAGAUUUGUUAUUUCGCAGUUAUAUAUUAAACUGAGUAUUUAAACAGAA